AUUAACACCAAUCGAAGCAGUCAUGUUUAUCACAAAGUUAUUAUUUUUCUAGUAUUCGUAGAGUGUAGACGCUUUUAGUUCCAGAUUUAUUUAAACACUAAAAAUGCUAUCCACUUCGGAAAACAACAACAUGAAAAUGGAGCCUGCGACCUUGUCGAGCCCGACCAAGCAUCCGUUACGCAAUCAGUGGACCCUCUGGUACUUGGAUAAUGAUCGCAACAAAUCCUGGGAAGAGAAACAAAAUGAAGUUUCGACGUUUGAUACGGUCGAGGAUUUCUGGAAUCUGUACAACAUGAUUAAGUAUGCGUCAGAGCUGCAGCCGGGCAAUGACUAUUCGUUGUUCAAAAAUAAUAUACGGCCAAUGUGGGAGGACGCUGCCAAUGCGAAUGGGGGACGAUGGAUUCUGUCGAUGACGCAGCAGCAGCUGGGUAACUUGGACGAUUUGUGGUUGAAUGUGAUGCUUUGUUUGAUUGGCGAGUGUUUGGAAUACUCGGACGAUAUAAAUGGGGCUGUUGUUAGCAUCAGACCAAGAACUGUGAGAAUUUCGAUCUGGACAGCUGAUAGCAAUAACCAGGACGCUAUAGUUGGCAUUGGUCUGAUUCUAAAACAAUACCUUCAACUGCCUUCGGAUAUUGAAAUGUAUUACGGGAAGCAUGAGGAUACGGCAAAUAAAGUCACAAAUAAGUCGCUUUCGCUUCAUGUUUGAAGAAUUGAUUUCUGGCAAUAAAAUUGGAAUGAAACUUGAA